UCCAUAGCCGGACGUUUAUCAUUAACCUAAGUGUCUUCUUCUCUGGACUAGCUGAUACUGGUAUUAAAACUCAGGCCAAACAACCGGUGAUGAGGACCUAAGUACUGAUUAUCUUAUUAAGACACCUAAACUGCUGCUAGAACUAAGGGUUUGGUGAAACCAUGUGGAGGAUAAGAUGGUGUCUGCUGCUGCUGGCCACCACAUGUUGGCUAAGAGGCCACACCAAAGACAGUGAUGAUCCUCCGCGUCCUGGGCACGUGUCUGUGGUUAUUGUAGGUGGCACCGGUGACCUGGCCAAAAAAUACCUUUGGCAAGGAUUUUUUCAUCUUUAUGCCACCCAAGUAGGCAAAGGCCACACCUUCUCCUUCUAUGGAGGCGGCCUCUCAUCAGCUGAGAAUGGCACUCCGCUGCUGUUUGAAAUAUUAAAGGAGCUGAAGUGCCCAUCAGAACUUACGACUGAGCGUUGUGCUCUGGUUAAAGAGCAGUUCUUGCGACUGUCCCAGUACUUGCAGCUUAAGAGCAUGGAGGAUUAUGAGAAGCUCAGUGAACAGAUCCAGGUGCAGCUGAAGCAGGAGGGUAUGAUGGAAGCAGGAAGGCUCUUUUACAUGUCUGUUCCAGCCUUCGCUUAUGCUGAAAUUGCAGAAAAGAUCAAUAGCACCUGUAGGCCCCCAGCUGGAGCAUGGCUCAGGGUUGUUCUGGAGAAGCCAUUCGGGCACAGUUUCAACAGCGCCCAACUUCUAGCCUCACAGCUGUACAGUUUUCUGCAAGAGGAGGAGAUGUACAGGAUUGAUCACUAUUUAGGGAAGCAGGUUGUCUCCCAGAUAUUGCCCUUUAGGAAAAAAAAUCAUAAAAUUCUAAAGCCAAUUUGGAACAAGCACCACAUUGAGAGAAUAGAGAUUGUGUUGAAGGAAACGUUGGAUUGCAAAGGCCGGAUUCAGUUUUAUGACCAAUACGGGGUUAUUAGAGACAUGCUCCAGAACCACCUUACGGAAAUUAUGACCCUUCUGAUGAUGAACAUACCUGCUAACCUCUCCAAAAGUGAAGAGGUCCUACAGAACAAGCUCAAAGUCUUCAGUGGCCUUGAUUACCUUGAUAAGAGCAGUGUGGUUAUAGGUCAGUAUCAGGGCUAUAAUGCAGAAGUCCAGAUGGAACUCAACAAAACAAAGGAUUAUUUCAGCCUUACCCCAACUUUUGCUGGUGUGGUCAUCAUUGGAAACAGUCCUCAGUAUGACGGCAUUCCCAUAUUUAUGUCAUCGGGUAAGAUGCUUGACGAACGUGUUGGAUAUGCUCGAGUUAUUUUCAAAAAUGACAAAUUUUGCAUUCAGGAAUACAACAGUGUCCACUGCAAACCCAAACAGAUUGUAUUCUAUCUCGGCCAUGGGAAUCUCCAGUAUUCAGCAAUUCUUGUUAGCAAAAAUUUGUUUAAGCCAGACCUGGUAAAUAGUGAUUGGAAAGAAGUUACUGAGCAUAAAGACAUUUCUGUGCUUGGGUUACCACUCUCUGACUAUCACAUCCAGUCCCCAGAGGUGCCCACAGAGGCUUAUUAUGAGCUCAUAUCUAAGGUGUUCUAUGGACGUAAGGAUAGCUUUGUCAGUGCUGAGAACCUCAUGGCCUCAUGGGCUUUCUGGACACCGCUCUUGAACAGCCUCAUCAAUGUCGUUCCACGGCUGUACCCAGGUGGUUCCGGUAACGGUGACCUUCUGAACUUUCAGCUGCAAGGUCAUCUGGUUGGUUUCAUUAGUGAUGAGGAGGUGAAUGUGAUUCAGCAAGGUCCUGAAGAGAACUUCCAGGUUAUGCAAGGGAAGUUCCGCAGUGCCGACAUGGUGUCUGCCUGGUCCAAAGAACUAGUGGAGCGCUUAGCCUCUGACCUGCACAAUGUGGCAGAAGAGGUAGUUCAAGCUGAAGGUCAGUUCCAUCUGGCCUUGUCAGGUGGUUCCAGUCCCAUUGCCCUGUUUCUUGAGCUUGCACAGCACCACUACACCUUCCCGUGGCACAGCACUCACGUGUGGUUAGCGGACGAGCGGUGUGUGCCACCCACUGAGGCAGAUUCCAACUUCCGUUCCAUUCACGACCAGCUACUGCAGAAUGUCCACAUUCCUUACUUCAACAUCCACCCCAUGCCAGUGCAGCUCAACCAGCGCUUGUGUGUUGAGGAAGAUGGGGGUGCACUCUUUUAUGAGAAGCAAAUAAGCCAGCUAGUCAAUGGCUCUCGUUUCCAUUAUAUACUGCUUGGUGUAGGUGAGGAUGGUCACACUGCUUCACUGUUCCAAGACACCAAUCUGCAGAAUAGUGGGAAAAGACUGGUGGCCCUGACUGAAAGUCCAGUUAAGCCUCACCAGCGGAUGAGUCUUACAUUCACUGCCAUCAACAAAGCUCACAGGGUAGGGGUACUGAUAAUGGGGAAGAGAAAACAUGAGCUUGUUGUUCAACUCAGUAGAAUUAAGGGUGAAACUCCCAAGUAUCCAAUCACAAGUGUACAGCCAAAAGAUGGCCAUCUAAUAUGGUAUAUAGACUAUGAUGCACUUUUAGGAUAACCUCCUAAAUAACCUCAGGAAUACCAGAGUAUAGUUAAUUAAAAUACUCAGUUUACCAUAAUAUCAGGGACCCACUGGGUGUUUUGGGGAUUUGACUAAUAUUCUAUUAUUUAUAAAACACAUUUUUUAUUCUGCAUAAUAAUGCAGGCAGAAACUUAAUGUAGAAAUAUCAGCAUGGAAGUGGAACUGCCUUGCAAUAAGUGAGAUUGAACACAUUGAUAAUAAUAGUUGUUACGUCCAGAAAUCCUGUGUUGGAUUUUUUAUUGGGGAAAAACAGAAUUGUAAAGAGAAAACUGAGAGGUCAUCUUUUAUUAUUGUCCACUUGUCCACUUUUUCAGUCUUUGUAUAAUAGACUACAUUGCAUAAUUUUCUAUUUCACUGCAUUACUUGUUUUCUAUUUCUAUGCCUUUCAGUUGGUUUGCAAACUACGACACUGUGAAUAUUAAUAUUAAAACAAAAUAAAUUUGAUAGUUGAAAUAGUUCAUUGUGCUAAACUUAAAAAGAAGGGAAGUUUAAAAUUUUUAUGAACAACAUGUUUUAUUCUAAAAAUCUAAAACCCUGAGUGGGUUAUAGAGACUGCCUUGUAAUUGCCUCAUGAUACGAGUAUUUAAACACGCUGGUCUUCAAGGCGUGCAUGCAGCCUCUGUUAGGACUGAUUUUUAAGGUAUACAUAUGGAUGCAUGGUCUCAUAAUAUGUUUAUAAUUAUAAUAUAAUUAUAUGCUAUAAUUAUAUAUUUCUGAUAAUUAUAUCAUUGGUCUGAAUGUGAUUGGACUGAGUGUGUGUCUGGGAAGCUUUCUCAAAUCCAUUGGCUUCCCAGACACUGGCUUGUGAAAUUUUGAAGGUUGCUAUUUGUAUAUAUUAAUGUGAGUAGUCUUUUGACUAUAGUACCAGCAGAAAGUGGCUUUCCAGUUCGCCAAUUCCAUAUUGGCUUUUUAAGUCGGGCAUUCCAGAAAUAUACAAAAUUACUUGUCACUAUGUGCAACUAAAAAAAAUACCUCAGAAAAAUAAGUGCCUUAUCUUUUGUAAUAAUUAUUAGUGUUGGAAGCCUGGCACAAACCCAUUUAUGUUCAUUCAAAGGUUAACUCCCCAUUUCAUUAAAAAAAUAUAUGAAAUCGUACAUCGUAUGGAAAAACAUUAUUGUGGAUAGCACAGGGAAGGGGGGAUGACACUGGAGUAGAAUUUUCAUUGACAUGCAUAAAAAUGACUUGAAUAUCUGAUAUAAAGUGUAUAAGUGAUUUUUAUAUUGGUUUCCAUUUUUAUGGUAGUUGAAAUUAUGUAGUCUGGUUCAAAUGUUUUGGUUGACUAACAAAUGAAAUGUUAUUAUACCAAGUAUUGUAAAAUCUUAGCUGAAAUCACAAUGUAAAAUUGAACAGAUAAAAAUGCAUUAUAGAGUGACAUUCCAUUCAGUAAGAAUUCACUAUAUGAAAGAUUUGUCAAAGAGUGAAAUAAAGUUUUAUUAUAUUAGA